AUGGAUCAAAAACGUAAAGAAUUUCUUGACUUGAAACAAGGCCACAUGAUGGUUACUGAAUAUGAAAGGGAGUUCGUCCGACUUAGUAAGUAUGCUCAGGAGUGUGUGUCCUUCAAGGGUAAGAUAUGUCGAAGGUUUGAAGAUGGACUUAAUGAGGAUAUCAGAUCGUCAGUGGGUGUCCUUGAAUUGAAGGAGUUUGUGGUGCUCAUUAAUCGGGCUUGGCACUCGUACAGAGACCAUAAGAAGCAAGAUUUGGAUUCUAAAUCUCGGGCUACAUCUGUGGCUAGUGUGGGUAAUGCCAGAUCUUCUAGACCAAAGUGCCACUAUUGUGGUAGAAGCCGUUUUGGCAAGUGUAGAAUGAACGAUGGAUCAUGUUUCCGAUGUGAUUCCCAAGACCAUUUUAUCAAGGAUUGCCCUGAGAUGAACGAGAAAGAAAAAUUUCAAAGUACAAGGCCAAGUGGCACAAAUUCUAAGGGAAGACCAUAG